GAAAAGGAGAGGGAUAUCCUCCUCCCUCCGAGCGGGGUUGGCUAAUUUUCUUGGAAGACAAGCCACUGACCCAGAUGCAGCGCUGUCAGAGUCGCAAAGGGGAUAAAAGGAAAAAAACAACAAACUCCACACACAACGGCAACAACAAAAAAAGCAGCGCUCCUCUCAGCUGUCACCGCUUUAUCACCUGCACAUGCCUGGAAGAACGCUCUUUCCUCCGCUACGGGGAGAAAAAUCAGCUUAGGAAAGCAAAGUUUGAACAGCGAAUUCCUGUUAUUUCAAAACGCCCCAUGUGACAGGAUAUUUCCUUAUCAUUUGGAGCCCAGAGUUUUCCCCUGAUCCACCAGCCCUUCCCGAGCGCGGCGGACCUGGCGGCGGGGAUGGCUCCCGCCCUGCUCCUGCUGCUCCUCGGAGCUCUCCCGCGGGCCUUUCCGCUGCUGGAUACUAGCAUCUUCUUAAUAUAUAAUGAAGAUCACAAGCGCUGUGUACUGGCUCAAAGUUCUAAUUCAGUGACUACUGCUCCUUGUGUUCAAGAAAAUGAGUCACAAAAAUUCAGGUGGGUCUCAGAUCACCAGCUUAUGAGCAUAGCAUUCAAAUUGUGCUUGGGAGUGCCUUCGAAGAAAGACUGGGUUCCCAUCACUCUGUAUCCUUGUGACAAGGCUAGUGAACUUCAGCGAUGGGAAUGCAGAAAUGAGACUCUCUUUGCAAUCCAAGGGGAAGAUUUGUUUUUCAACUAUGGAAACAAACAGGAAAGGAAUAUUAUGCUGUACAAGGGAUCUGGUUUAUGGAGUAGGUGGAAAGUCUACGGAACCACAGACGAUCUGUGUUCUCGAGGCUAUGAAGAUACCUACACAGUGAAAGGAAAUGACAAUGGAGCCCCUUGUGUAUUUCCUUUUAAGUUUGGUGGUAAAUGGUAUGCUGAUUGCACAAAUGCUGGCAGAUCAGAUGGCUGGUUCUGGUGUGGAACCACUUCGGACUAUGAUGUUGACAGAAAGUAUGGAUUUUGUCCAAUGAAAUUUACUAGCAGUGAUUUGUGGAACACAGACCCUUUAACAAAUGUCCAGUACCAGAUAAACUCUGAGACAGCUCUGAAAUGGCAUCAGGCAAGAAAAAGUUGUCAGCAGCAGAAGGCAGAGCUAUUGAGCAUCACAGAGUUACACGAACAAACAUACCUGACAGGUCUGACUCGCACGCUGAGCUCAGCUCUCUGGUUUGGUCUCAACAGUUUGAAUUUCAACAGCGGAUGGCAAUGGGUUGGUGGUGCUCCCUUUCGGUACUUAAACUGGGUUCCAGGCCAUCCUUCUCCAGAACCUGGAAAAAUCUGUGGUGCAUUGAAUCCUGGCAAAGGUGCUAAGUGGGAGAACUGGGAAUGUGAUAAGAAACUUGGCUAUAUUUGUAAACGAGGAAAUGCUACUUUAGACUCUUUCAUUAUUCCUAGAGAGACUAAUGUGCCUAUUAGGUGUCCUGACCAAUGGAUGUCAUAUGCUGGUCACUGUUACAUAAUUCAUAGGGACCCCAAAAUAUGGAAAGAUGCUUUAACAUCUUGCAGGAAAGAGGAUGGAGAUCUGGCAAGCAUCCAUAAUGUUGAAGAAUACAGCUUUGUUAUUUCUCAACUUGGGUACCAGCCAUCUGAUGAGCUGUGGAUUGGGUUGAAUGACCUCAAGGUUCAGAUGUAUUUUGAAUGGAGUGAUGGAACACCUGUCACCUACACUAAGUGGCUUCGUGGAGAACCCACUCAUGCAAACAACAGGCAAGAGGACUGUGUUGUUAUGAAGGGAAAGGAUGGAUUUUGGGCAGACCAUUCUUGUGAAAAGAAAAUUGGCUACAUCUGUAAAAGGAAACCUAUGUCAGAUGCUCCUACAGAAGAGGAAACAAUUGACAUGGGCUGCCAGAGAGGCUGGAAAAGACAUGGUUUUUAUUGUUACUUCAUUGGAAAUACAUUUGUAACAUUUUCUCAAGCCAAUCAAACCUGUGGAAGGCAUCAGGCUUUUUUAACAACAGUUGAAGACAGGUAUGAACAAGCCUAUCUGACCAGCCUGGUUGGACUGAAAACAGAAAGAUACUUUUGGAUUGGACUUUCAGAUGUAGAAGAAAAAGGAACGUUCAAGUGGUCUAAUGGUGAAUCUGUCUUAUUUACACACUGGAAUUCUGAAAUGCCUGGAAGAAAGCCAGGUUGUGUUGCCAUGAGGACUGGAAAAGCAGGUGGAUUAUGGGAUGUAAUAAAAUGUGAAGAAAAAGCAAAGUUCAUAUGCAAAGUGUGGGCAGAAGGAGUGACACUUCCACCAGUUCCCACAACAACUCCUGUUCCCCGGUGUCCAGAAGGCUGGGAGUCAAGCAAUCGUAUUAGCUUCUGUUUCAAACCUUUUUCCAGAGCAGAGCACAAGAAGACGUGGCUGGAGUCGCAGGAGUUCUGCCGGUCCAUAGGAGGAGACCUGGCCUCCAUUAACGGCAAGGAGGAGCAGUACGCGAUAUGGCGCUCCAUCGCAAACAAUGGCUAUUACCACCAGACUUUCUGGAUGGGUUUAUACUACUUGAAUCCAGAUGAUGGCUUUGCUUGGAGUGAUGGAUCUCCAGUGAGGUAUGAAAACUGGGGCUUUGGAGAACCAAAUAAUUAUCAAGGAGUUGAACUUUGUACAGAGAUCAGUGGUGAUUCCAGCAUGCUUUGGAAUGACAGGCACUGUGAUUAUAUGUAUGGAUGGAUUUGCCAAAUAAGAAAAGGGGCAAGUGCGAAGCCUGAACCAACAGAAUCCCCUACACCUGAAUACAGGACUACUGAGGAUGGAUGGAUUAUACACGAAGACAAACAGUACUAUUUCAGCACGGAGACUGUUCCUAUGGAAAAGGGUCGUGAGUUCUGCAAAAAGAACUUUGGAGACCUUUCUGUCAUUGAGAGUGAAAGUGAAAGAAAGUUCCUCUGGCGAUAUAUGUUGAAAAAUGGCAAAGAGGAUGCAUAUUUCAUUGGUUUACAACUGAGUAUUGACCAACGUACAAGCUGGAUGGAUGGCACUCCAGUGAAUUAUUUGGCAUGGGCACCACAUGAACCUAACUUUGCAAAUAAUGAUGAAAACUGUGUUGUUAUGUAUAAGAAUUUAGGAUUUUGGAAUGAUAUAAACUGCGGCUAUCCAAAUCCCUACAUAUGUGAAAGGCACAACAGUUCCAUUAAUUCAACUGUUCCUCCAACAACAUUUUCAAGUCCAAGAGGAUGUCGUCCAACUUGGCUUUCUUUUCGUAACAAGUGUUACAAAAUAUUUGGAUCUACAGAAGAGGAACGUGUUACUUGGCAUGCUGCACGAACAGCUUGCAUGAAUUUAGGAGGAAACCUGGCCUCGAUCCCUAAUGAACAAGUGCAAGCUUUCCUCACCUUCCAUUUAAAAGAUUUUGCCACUGAGACAUGGAUUGGAUUAAAUGAUAUAAAUCAUGAAAUGAGGUUCCUCUGGACAGAUGGAACAGGGGUUUACUUUACAAACUGGGCCAAAGGCUUCCCGUCGGGACAUUUGGGUUUAUACGCGUAUAGCGGCCAGGCUGAUUGUGUUGCCAUGAAAAACAAAUCUGUUAAGGAAGCAGGAAAGUGGGCUGAUCAGAGUUGUGAUAACAACAGAGGAUAUAUAUGCCAAAUUAAUGCAGAGGCUGAAUUUCUGCCUUCUACAACUUCAUCCCCAUCCAACAUCAUCCGUUAUGGGAAUAGUAGUUACUUGUUCAUCCACACCAAAAUGACAUGGGAGGAUGCACGGAAAAACUGCAAACAAAAUCAGUUUGACCUUUCCAGUGUCUUAGACACCUACAGUCAUUCGUUCCUGUGGCUGAAGAUAUUAAAGUAUGGGGUGCCUGUGUGGAUUGGUCUCAACAGUAAUGUGACCAAUGGGCGUUAUGAAUGGAUUGAUAACUGGAGAAUGAAGUACACAAAAUGGGCUGAAGGGGAGCCAAAGCAAAAACUAGGCUGUGUCUAUCUUGACAUUACUGGAGUCUGGAAGACAGGAUUCUGCAAUGAAAGCUACUUCUCUGUUUGCAAAAAAUCUGAUGUUCAAGCUCCCACUGAGCCCCCUCAGCUACCAGGAAAGUGUCCUGAGUCGGAAGGACACAGAUCUUGGAUCCCUUUCCGAGGUCAUUGCUACUACAUUGAAUCUUCAUCUUCAAGAAACUGGGCCCAGGCAUCUUUAGAAUGCCUUCGACUAGGUGCCUCUUUGGUCUCAGUUGAAGACACAGCUGAAGCCAACUUUCUGACCUAUAGCCUUGAACCACUUGAAGGCAAAACAUCAACAUUUUGGACAGGAAUGUACAGAAAUGUGGAUGGACUAUGGUUGUGGCUAGACGGCAGUGCGGUGAAUUUUGUCAACUGGAAUGUAGGAGAACCUUCUCCUCAGCAAAAUGAGCACUGCGUUGAAAUGUAUGCAGAUUCUGGGUAUUGGAAUAAUUUCUACUGCUCUUCCUACAAAGGAUAUAUUUGUAAAAAGCCAAAAAUUCCAGCAACUGAAAUGCCGCUAGCAUCUGAAAUGGCACCAGCUGAAAUCUCUACAAUGGCAAUGACAAAAGAUGAGAAGGCUUCUACCCUAAACCACAGCAAAACAGGAGUUAUAGUUAUUGUUGGUAUCAUCAUCCUAGUUGGAAGUGGCCUUGCAGGAUAUCUCUUCUACAAAAGAAGAAAGAAUUGUUUGCCAACAAAUGACAGCUUUGAGAAUAAUUUGUAUUUUAAUGGUGAUGCAGUUCCUGGAAUUAGUGACACAAAGGAUCUUGUGACCAACAUAGAGCAGAAUGAACAUGCAACACUGUAAUGUAACAAAAGGAAAUGUAAUGUAAUAUGUAAUAUAAAAUGUAAUGUAAUAAAAUAAAAUGUGCCUUGUUUUAUAAAAAUUAUGCAAUUAGAAUGAAGCCAAAGGUAUUUUCUCAUGUGCAAUUACUGUACUAGCCUGUUUCUGUGUGUGUGUAAUGUCAUACACUGCAGUUAUUUUAUUUUGUAGCCAUUAUAUAAAGUAAAAGAUUUCAGGUCUCAGGAUUUGCUGAUCACAUUGGUGAAUGUGGGUCUUAAGAAAAGUGAUAAUGUUGACUAUUAUUAAAUGGAACAGUAGAACUUUAUAAAAUAAAGUAAAAUCUAAGAGUCCCUUAAAGAACAUAUAUAAGAUUUGAUAUUUCUGCAUCAGAUUUUUUUCAAACCAUGCUAUUGAACAGAUACUCAAAGGUAUUCAGUAAACAUCUUCUAAUUUUACCUUCUAAUUUAUCUUUCAAGUAUCCCCGUGGACUUAAGUACAGGCAUAGUCACUAGAGAAUAAGUCUGUAUUUGGGCACAUUUCCCCUUUGAGCCAUGUGGGGAAAAAGACCUUUAUAAUAUUUCAGUUCCCACAACUUCAUACAACACAGAAAACCACUAACGUAGUACUUGCAGUUUAUGUAUUCUAGGAUUUAAUCAGGUGAAAUCUGGAGGCAGACCUCUGGAGUGGAAAAAUGUGGUUGACAUUAGCUGCCAGUUUUGGCUGGCCACGAGCGGGUUUGGUGGUGAGAGGUGAUGAAGGUCAUGGCAAAACUUCCUUCUUAUCAGGCAGCGGUUACUGAGGAGAGGGAGGGAGAUUGUCUGUGCAUGUUCUGAAGGUUUCUAGGAGCAGAAGGUUUCUGCAUUGCUGUUAUGGUGAUCACGUGUUGGUACUGCUCUCUACAGCUUCUCAAUGAGUAGCAUAGGUUUGUGGGAUGAGUGGUGCAAGUAAAGAACAAAUUAGCUUUACCAAUGCAAUAGUUACUACUAAUUUUAUUUGCUUUCUAAAAUGGUUAAAUCAGCUACUAUUUAUGGACAUCUUCUAUUCCCCAAGGAGUUUAUAGUCCUAAUUUUUGUAGAUCCUGUAAAAUGUAAAUGGUGUGUGAUUCCUCACUUGCUUACAAAGGUUUGCUAGAAUUGAUUUUGUGGUGUCAGAUUUUGCUCUGUGAAAUAAAAAAAUAACUAUCUUUGAUUUUUAAAAUA